AUGGAUAUCAAAGCCGUGAACGCCAUGGCCAUGGCUGCCACGGAAGAUUUAGGGAUGCGGAUGAAGGUAUCGGAAGGAGAAGGUGCUAGAAACAGUCUUGCACGUCCUGACAACGCCUCCCAUCAAUAUCCGAAAAACGCCGAAGAAAUGCGGGAUGAAUUCUGUGGGCCUAUGCCCGUCGAUAAAUUCAUCGAUACUUUCAUGCGCACUGAGACCGUUCAUGAACUUCCGGAAGGCUAUGUCGAUGCUUUCAAGGACAAAGCUACCGGUGGUAUAGGAUUCGAGGGCCGAUUUAUAGCCGCUGUGAAUGAAGCCGACAUUUGUCCUAAUCUCGUCCUCGUCAACACGACUUUCAAAAAGGAUUUGAAUCGGAAACCCGAUAUAUCUGUAUACAAUGCGAGCAACGUACCAGAACUCGGUGCGAGUUUCAAGCAGGUGGAGGUACCCAUCGAGUGUAAACCGUUGGCCGAAGAUCCGUUCGUGGAUCUGAAUACAGAUGCGAAGCUUGGAAAGGGGCAUUCGUUUCAGCACAUGGCUGAUAAGGCCAUAUAUAACACAGGUCAAAUCAUAUCGUACACCAACCUCAUUUUUCAAUCACAGCCCCGAUGCUUCGUCUUCUCGGUCCUCCUUCUCCAAAACUACGCUCGUUUCAUUCGCUGGGAUCGUGCUGGUGCUGUCGUUACCGAACGCUUCGACUGGCGGACGAACAUCGUUCAUCUGGCGAGAUUCUUCUGGCAAUACAACUAUCUCUCUGACGAGCAGCGUGGACACGACAUCACGGUAUCGAGGCCAACAGUGGAGGAAAUUGAGAUGACAAAGGUGGAAUUGGACAAACGGGCCAAAGUCCUAGCGCGUCUGAGGGGCGAGGAUGAAGUGAACCCACCCAAGCGAUACGCUUCGGACGACACGUUUCGGAAGUUCCUUGUGGUAAACAAGAAGGAUCAGAGUGAGCACUUCUUGGUGGCAUCUCAAGCGCAGUACCUAGGACGGAGCCCGACUGGUAGGGCCACCGGAGGAUACGAGGCGUUCGAUCUUUCGACGAAGAAGCUUGUAUUUCUCAAGGACAGUUGGAGAUACGUUGCUGACGGGGUUCAUAGAGAGGGAGAGACUUAUGCGAUUCUGGCGCAGGCACAGGUUCCACACAUUCCUCACGUUCUCUACUCGGGAGAUGUGAGAAACCAGGCGACGCGAACCCAUGAAUUUGCACAUAUAAGAAAGGGCUCUGAGGUCAAGGAGAUAGAGAAGCACAGGCAUUAUCGGAUUGUGCUGAAAGAAAUCGGCCGUCCAUUGUCCGAUUUCAAUUCGACUUUCGAACUGUGCUCUGUUAUUAUGCAUGCAAUCGAAGCUCAUCAAAAAGCAUACAAUGCUAAGGUGUUCCAUCGGGAUAUCAGUGGCGGGAAUAUUUUGAUCACAGAUGAAGGGACUGGACUCCUUAUUGAUUGGGAUUUGGCAACAAUCCUGUCUGACGAUGGCGAAGUGACGCAGUCUGCGUUGAAUUCUAUGACGGGAACAUGGCAAUAUAUCUCUGCGGAUCUUCUCAGAAUGAACAAAAUUCAUGAAUUUCGCGACGAUCUUGAAUCAUUCCUCCACGUCCUUCUCUAUUACAGCAUCCGAUACGUCAAGCAUGAUGCUUCGCUCUAUGAUGAGGUUUCUGGCGCAGUCUAUCGUCAUUUUGAUAGCGCAUUCAGAGAUCGCGCGCUCCAGACUCGUGGAGGACAAGGCAAAAAGGACUUCUUCAACUAUGCGCCGCCUACCGAGCUCUCAUAUGCAACCAUUAGCAAAUUCCUUCAUCCCGCGCAUGCCACACUGAUCAACGAUCUUCGAACGCUAUUCGUACCAUUCUACAUCAUGAUAGAACCGACAUUUCAAUCGCCGUACCCUUCCAAGGACAAGGCCCUCAAGCAACUGGUUUCUUCAGACACGUACCUCCAGAUAUACAGAAGGCAGCUUGGCGAGGAUGGAUGGCCGACGAACAACAGAAGCUGUGACAUGCUUAAAUUUUGGCCUCCCCCAUCUGUUAUGCCAGUUCCGCUACGAGCGUUUGAACUACGAGCGACUGAGAAACGCAAGAGUGAUGAAGCCGGUCUCAGCACUGAAGGAUCCAAGAGCCGGCGGCGGAGAACUGAACAUGGGGUCGUGACCAGCGAGGGGUCUGGGAGUAAGCGCCAGAAGGCAGAAACUGAAGCCCACCAGGGUGAGGAGUGAAGAAUCGAGCAAGUCGCAGACGACAGAGACUGGAACCCCAGACGGUGAGGGCUCCAGGAUGGGAGAAGAUUCCAAGAGAGAAAGUCGCAGGCUAGGAACUUUGCCUAUCACGGUGGAAUCGGAGUUGGAAGGGUAGGUCAUCUUGGCAGAAUUUCUCGUGUGUUACUGUUGCCUUGAAAAUGACCUACGUACUUGUUUUGCUGCUUUUCUGUCUGGUUCUUUCUCCCAAGCAUUAGUAUGUCUCUACCAUUGAUUGAGUAUAGAGUUUCUUCUGAUGUAUGCUACUCGUAGACAGCCUGUGAUUAUGCUCCUC